CAAGAAGUGAGCAAAUUAAACAAGUAUCAGCAAUAUAACAUAAUGGCUGGAAGGUGGUCUCUUCAUGGCAUGACAGCCCUUGUCACCGGUGGUACUCGUGGUUUAGGGCAUGCAAUAGUGGAAGAAUUGGCAAGUCUUGGUGCGACAUUGUAUACGUGUUCGCGUACUGAAAAGGAGCUUGAUGAGUGCCUUCAGAAUUGGAAAGCCAAGGGAUACAAUGUUUUUGGUUCUACAUGUGACAUAUUACAACCGUCUCAACGCGAAAAAUUAGUCCAAUCAGUCGGCAAGAAGUUCAAUGGAAAUCUCACAAUUUUGGUAAACAAUGUGGCGAGACUUAUACCAAAAGAAAUUUUAAAGUCAGAUGCUCAAGAUUUCUCUGAUACCAUUGGCACAGGUCUUGAGGCUUCUUUGAACCUUUGCCAACUUGCACACCCAUUAUUGAAGGCCUCUGGAAAUGGAAGCAUUGUCUUCAUCUCUUCAUGUUCUAGUUUUGUUUAUGCGCCUUUUCAUACUAUCUAUGCUGCAACCAAAGGGGGUAUUAAUUCACUUGUAAGAAAUUUAGCUUGUGAAUGGGCAAGUGACAACAUUCGAGUCAAUGCUGUUGCUCCCUGGCUCAUGAGAACUUCCCUCACCGAGUCAUCCAAAGGAGAAUUUGGGGCAGUAAUAGAAGCUUUGAUCCGACGGACACUACAACACCGGCUUGUAGAGCCUAAAGAAGCUUCAGCGGCGGUGGCGUUCCUCUGCUUCCCGGCGGCUUCUUUUGUUACUGGUCAGAUCAUUCGUGUGGAUGGUGGUGGAUCAGUCUAUGGUCUUUGAACAAUUGAACCCCUGUAUGGAAUAAGGACUCUAUAAGCUACAAUAUAUAUUUAGUGUGAUUUUUUAAAAUCUUUACCAUAUAUAAUUUACAAUGAAGACUAUAUGUAAUGAUCAAGAAUGAUAUAUUGUAUUUUGAGGUAUAUUUGAAAGUCAAGAAUAAAUUGAGUUAAUAAUUUUAAUA